GCGCUCGCGCUCGCCCUCGGCUCUUGUUCCGCGCCCGGAGCCAGCGGCGGCGGCAGCGGCUGAAGCGGCUGCGGGAGCGGAGCGGUCGCCGAGCGCGCGGGGGGACGCCGGCUGCACUCCGGGGCAGGCGCUCUGCAAUGAGACAGUAAAUGCAUCCCCCGGAUGGCAUUUGGAAGCUGGCAAGUACUUCUGGAAAAGGUCAGGAUUUGUUGAUGAAUGUGCCAGGUGUCCUGUGUCCUGUGUUAAGUUGCAAGUGUGGGAAUUCUAAGAGUGCAAAUAUGUCCUGGAGCGUGCUGCUGUAGGGUAACAUCUGGACUGGGUUCCCAGGCUCUUGGAUGUCUCGCUGCCCGCAAACUCCUGGAGCAACUUGUUGAAAACUGUAUUGCUGCUGAAGGCUUCUCCGAUGCUUUAGGAUAUCUUCAGGGAAAUCAACUCUUUACAUAAACUGAGAAUUUCGACAUUCUAAGUGAGAAUCUUCACAUCAUCUAGGAAAAUGGUGGCCCUGUCCUUAAAGAUUUGUGUCCGCCACUGCAAUGUGGUAAAGACCAUGCAGUUUGAACCAUCUACAGCCGUGUACGAUGCAUGUCGAGUCAUUCGGGAACGGGUACCUGAGGCGCAAACUGGCCAAGCUUCUGAUUAUGGGCUGUUUCUCUCAGAUGAAGACCCCAGGAAAGGAAUUUGGCUGGAAGCAGGCAGAACACUGGAUUACUACAUGUUGCGAAAUGGGGAUAUUUUGGAAUAUAAAAAGAAACAGAGACCUCAGAAAAUCCGGAUGCUGGAUGGAUCCGUGAAAACGGUGAUGGUGGAUGACUCUAAGACCGUUGGGGAGCUCCUGGUUACCAUUUGCAGCAGGAUCGGAAUAACGAACUAUGAAGAAUAUUCUUUAAUCCAAGAAACGAUUGAGGAAAAGAAAGAGGAAGGGACGGGUACGCUAAAAAAAGACAGGACACUGUUGCGAGACGAGAGGAAGAUGGAGAAGCUGAAGGCAAAGCUCCACACGGAUGAUGACCUAAAUUGGCUGGAUCACAGCCGAACAUUCAGAGAACAAGGGGUAGAUGAACAUGAAACGUUGCUGCUUAGAAGGAAGUUCUUCUACUCCGAUCAGAAUGUGGACUCGAGAGACCCUGUGCAGCUGAACUUGCUUUAUGUUCAGGCUCGGGAUGAUAUCCUGAACGGCUCCCACCCUGUCUCCUUCGAGAAAGCUUGUGAGUUUGGAGGAUUUCAAGCCCAGAUACAAUUUGGACCUCAUGUGGAACAUAAACACAAGCCAGGAUUCUUAGAUCUAAAGGAAUUCCUGCCCAAAGAAUACAUCAAGCAGAGAGGAGCUGAAAAGAGAAUAUUUCAGGAGCAUAAGAACUGUGGAGAGAUGAGCGAAAUAGAAGCCAAGGUCAAGUAUGUGAAACUCGCCCGAUCCCUCCGGACGUACGGUGUGUCCUUUUUCCUGGUGAAGGAAAAGAUGAAAGGCAAGAACAAGCUUGUGCCUCGCUUGCUGGGCAUCACUAAGGACUCGGUGAUGCGCGUGGAUGAGAAGACCAAGGAAGUGCUACAGGAGUGGCCGCUCACCACCGUCAAGCGCUGGGCAGCCUCACCCAAGAGCUUCACGCUGGAUUUUGGGGAGUAUCAAGAAAGCUACUAUUCAGUACAAACCACUGAGGGAGAGCAAAUAUCCCAGCUGAUUGCAGGCUACAUCGACAUCAUCCUCAAAAAGAAACAAAGCAAAGAUAGAUUUGGAUUAGAGGGGGAUGAGGAGUCGACUAUGCUGGAAGAGUCUGUUUCCCCGAAGAAGUCUACCAUCUUGCAGCAGCAGUUCAAUCGGACUGGAAAGGUGGAACACAGCUCCGUGGCACUGCCCGCCGUGAUGCGCUCAGGCUCCAGUGGGCCCGAGACCUUCAACGUCGGCAGCAUGCCCUCCCCGCAACAGCAGGUCAUGGUUGGGCAGAUGCACCGAGGCCACAUGCCCCCGCUGACCUCGGCCCAGCAGGCUCUCAUGGGGACUAUCAACACAAGCAUGCACGCUGUCCAGCAGGCCCAGGAUGACCUCAGCGAGCUGGAUUCACUGCCACCCCUAGGCCAGGAUAUGGCGUCCCGGGUAUGGGUUCAGAAUAAAGUCGAUGAAUCCAAACACGAAAUCCACUCCCAGGUCGAUGCGAUCACAGCUGGAACAGCUUCAGUAGUUAACCUCACUGCCGGUGACCCUGCAGACACCGACUACACAGCAGUGGGAUGUGCAAUCACCACCAUUUCUUCCAACCUGACGGAGAUGUCCAAGGGCGUGAAGCUUUUGGCAGCCUUGAUGGACGACGAAGUGGGCAGUGGGGAGGACUUGCUCAGAGCCGCGAGGACCCUCGCGGGGGCAGUGUCAGACUUGCUUAAAGCUGUGCAGCCUACUUCUGGAGAGCCUCGACAGACAGUUUUGACUGCUGCUGGAAGCAUCGGACAAGCCAGUGGGGAUCUUCUGAGACAGAUCGGAGAGAAUGAGACUGAUGAGCGAUUCCAAGAUGUUUUAAUGAGUUUGGCCAAAGCUGUAGCCAAUGCUGCCGCCAUGUUGGUAUUAAAGGCGAAGAAUGUCGCCCAAGUAGCUGAAGACACGGUCCUACAGAACAGGGUGAUUGCCGCUGCCACCCAAUGUGCCCUUUCUACCUCUCAGCUGGUGGCGUGCGCCAAGGUGGUGAGCCCCACCAUCAGCUCCCCCGUGUGCCAGGAGCAGCUGAUCGAAGCAGGGAAGCUCGUGGACCGCUCGGUGGAGAACUGUGUCCGUGCCUGCCAGGCGGCCACCGAUGACAGCGAGCUCCUGAAGCAGGUCAGCGCGGCGGCCAGCGUGGUCAGCCAGGCCCUGCACGAUCUCCUGCAGCACGUGCGACAGUUUGCCAGCCGAGGCGAGCCCAUCGGCCGCUACGACCAGGCCACCGACACCAUCAUGUGUGUCACCGAGAGCAUCUUCAGCUCCAUGGGAGAUGCUGGUGAAAUGGUGCGCCAGGCCCGGGUCCUGGCCCAAGCCACCUCAGACCUUGUCAACGCCAUGAGGUCAGAUGCGGAAGCUGAAAUCGACAUGGAGAAUUCAAAGAAGCUCCUGGCAGCAGCAAAACUCUUGGCUGAUUCCACUGCUCGCAUGGUGGAAGCUGCAAAGGGGGCUGCAGCCAAUCCUGAGAAUGAAGACCAGCAGCAGAGACUGAGAGAAGCUGCGGAAGGUCUCCGUGUGGCAACCAACGCCGCUGCCCAGAAUGCUAUCAAGAAAAAAAUUGUCAACAGAUUGGAGGUGGCAGCUAAGCAGGCCGCAGCCGCUGCCACACAGACCAUCGCCGCCUCCCAGAACGCAGCCGUGUCCAACAAGAACCCCGCCGCCCAGCAACAGCUGGUUCAGAGCUGCAAGGCAGUGGCUGAUCACAUCCCUCAGCUGGUCCAGGGGGUGAGAGGAAGCCAAGCCCAAGCUGAAGACCUUAGCGCGCAGCUGGCUCUCAUCAUCUCCAGCCAGAACUUCCUCCAGCCUGGAAGCAAGAUGGUGGCCUCCGCCAAAGCCGCGGUGCCCACUGUGAGCGACCAGGCUGCAGCCAUGCAGCUGAGCCAAUGUGCCAAGAACCUUGCCACCAGCUUGGCAGAGCUACGUACCGCCUCGCAGAAGGCCCAUGAAGCCUGUGGUCCGAUGGAAAUUGACUCAGCUCUGAGCACCGUGCAGACACUUAAGAAUGAACUGCAGGAUGCCAAGAUGGCUGCUGUGGAGAGUCAACUGAAACCCCUUCCAGGGGAAACGCUGGAAAAAUGUGCUCAAGACCUGGGAAGUACAUCCAAGGCAGUGGGCUCCUCCAUGGCUCAGCUCCUAACCUGUGCUGCGCAAGGCAAUGAGCACUACACAGGGGUGGCUGCAAGAGAGACAGCCCAAGCUCUGAAAACGCUGGCCCAGGCUGCCCGUGGAGUGGCCGCAUCCACGAGCGACCCUGCAGCUACGCAUGCCAUGUUAGAUUCAGCCCGAGACGUGAUGGAGGGCUCAGCCAUGCUCAUCCAGGAAGCCAAGCAGGCCCUGAUGGCGCCUGGGGAUGCUGAGAGUCAGCAGAGACUAGCCCAGGUGGCCAAAGCCGUCUCACACUCCUUGAAUAACUGCGUGAAUUGCCUCCCUGGCCAGAAGGAUGUGGACGUGGCCUUGAAGAGCAUUGGCGAGUCCAGCAAGAAGCUGCUCGUGGACUCGUUACCUCCAAGCACGAAGCCUUUCCAGGAGGCCCAGAGUGAACUGAACCAAGCUGCGGCUGAUCUGAACCAGUCUGCUGGGGAAGUGGUCCAUGCCACCCGGGGCCAGAGCGGAGAGCUGGCCGCAGCCUCUGGGAAGUUCAGUGAUGAUUUCGAUGAAUUCCUGGAUGCUGGCAUUGAGAUGGCAGGCCAGGCUCAGACAAAAGAAGACCAGAUCCAAGUGAUUGGAAACCUCAAGAAUAUCUCUAUGGCAUCCAGCAAGCUGUUGUUAGCUGCCAAAUCUCUCUCUGUAGAUCCAGGAGCCCCCAAUGCAAAAAAUCUCCUGGCUGCUGCUGCAAGAGCUGUGACAGAGAGCAUCAAUCAGCUGAUCACUCUGUGCACCCAGCAAGCUCCUGGCCAGAAAGAAUGUGAUAAUGCCCUGCGGGAGCUCGAGACUGUCAAGGGGAUGUUGGACAAUCCUAAUGAACCUGUUAGUGACCUCUCUUACUUUGACUGCAUUGAGAGUGUGAUGGAAAACUCCAAGGUUCUGGGCGAGUCGAUGGCAGGGAUUUCACAGAACGCCAAGACCGGGGACCUCCCUGCCUUUGGGGAGUGUGUGGGGAUUGCGUCCAAGGCCCUCUGUGGGUUGACAGAGGCUGCAGCCCAGGCUGCAUACCUGGUGGGCAUCUCUGAUCCAAACAGCCAGGCGGGCCACCAGGGCCUUGUGGACCCCAUCCAGUUUGCCAGGGCCAACCAGGCCAUCCAGAUGGCAUGCCAGAACCUGGUGGACCCCGGCAGCAGCCCGUCACAGGUUCUGUCCGCGGCCACAAUUGUCGCCAAGCACACCUCGGCCCUGUGCAACGCCUGUCGUAUCGCCUCAUCCAAGACAGCCAACCCAGUGGCCAAGAGGCACUUUGUCCAGUCAGCCAAGGAAGUCGCCAACAGCACUGCCAACCUGGUGAAGACCAUCAAGGCCCUGGAUGGGGAUUUCUCUGAAGACAACCGCAAUAAGUGUCGCAUUGCCACUGCACCCUUGAUCGAAGCUGUGGAGAACCUGACAGCUUUCGCAUCCAACCCCGAGUUUGUCAGCAUUCCUGCCCAGAUCAGCUCCGAGGGCUCCCAGGCACAGGAACCGAUCCUGGUCUCAGCCAAGACCAUGCUGGAGAGCUCAUCAUACCUCAUUCGCACUGCACGCUCACUGGCCAUCAACCCGAAAGACCCGCCUACCUGGUCUGUGCUAGCCGGACAUUCCCACACCGUGUCUGACUCUAUCAAGAGUCUCAUCACAUCUAUCAGGGACAAGGCCCCUGGACAGAGAGAGUGUGACUACUCCAUCGAUGGCAUCAACCGGUGCAUCCGCGACAUUGAGCAGGCCUCACUGGCAGCUGUCAGCCAGAGCUUGGCCACAAGGGAUGACAUCUCUGUGGAGGCCCUACAAGAGCAGCUGACUUCAGUGGUCCAGGAAAUCGGGCACCUCAUCGAUCCCAUUGCCACAGCAGCUCGGGGGGAAGCAGCGCAGCUAGGACACAAGGUGACACAGCUGGCAAGCUACUUCGAGCCCCUGAUCUUGGCCGCAGUUGGUGUCGCCUCCAAGAUUCUGGACCAUCAGCAGCAGAUGACUGUGCUGGACCAGACCAAGACGCUCGCAGAAUCUGCCCUCCAGAUGCUGUAUGCAGCCAAAGAAGGUGGAGGAAACCCCAAGGCCCAGCACACCCACGACGCCAUCACAGAAGCCGCCCAGCUCAUGAAGGAGGCUGUUGAUGACAUCAUGGUGACACUGAAUGAAGCAGCUAGCGAAGUGGGGCUGGUGGGAGGCAUGGUCGAUGCCAUUGCAGAGGCCAUGAGCAAGCUGGAUGAAGGCACUCCUCCAGAACCAAAGGGAACAUUUGUCGACUAUCAGACGACUGUGGUUAAAUACUCCAAAGCCAUUGCGGUAACAGCUCAGGAAAUGAUGACUAAGUCGGUUACUAACCCGGAGGAGUUGGGAGGACUGGCUUCACAAAUGACCAGUGACUAUGGGCACCUGGCUCUCCAGGGCCAGAUGGCAGCAGCCACGGCGGAACCAGAGGAGAUCGGCUUCCAGAUUCGCACACGUGUGCAGGACCUGGGCCACGGCUGCAUCUUCCUGGUGCAGAAGGCGGGGGCCCUCCAGGUGUGCCCCACGGACAGCUACACCAAGAGGGAGCUCAUCGAGUGUGCCCGUGCAGUCACAGAGAAGGUGUCCUUGGUGUUGUCAGCUCUCCAGGCUGGGAACAAGGGGACCCAGGCAUGUAUCACAGCUGCCACUGCCGUGUCUGGGAUUAUCGCCGACCUGGACACCACCAUCAUGUUUGCGACUGCAGGGACCCUGAAUGCAGAGAACAACGAGACCUUUGCAGACCACAGGGAAAACAUUCUGAAGACAGCCAAGGCCUUGGUGGAAGACACGAAACUCCUGGUGUCAGGGGCUGCGUCCACCCCGGACAAGCUGGCCCAGGCAGCCCAGUCGUCGGCAGCCACCAUCACCCAGCUCGCUGAAGUGGUCAAGCUGGGGGCCGCCAGCCUCGGCUCUAAUGACCCUGAGACGCAGGUGGUGUUGAUCAAUGCCAUCAAAGACGUGGCCAAGGCCCUUUCAGAUCUGAUAGGUGCUACCAAGGGGGCCGCCAGCAAGCCUGCCGAUGACCCCUCCAUGUACCAGCUCAAGGGGGCCGCCAAGGUGAUGGUGACCAAUGUCACCUCCCUCCUCAAGACUGUAAAGGCAGUGGAGGACGAGGCCACCCGGGGCACACGGGCGCUCGAGGCCACAAUCGAAUACAUGAAACAGGAGCUCACGGUGUUCCAGUCAAAAGAGGUGCCUGAAAAGACAUCAUCACCUGAAGAAUCGAUAAGGAUGACGAAAGGCAUCACCAUGGCAACAGCCAAAGCCGUGGCCGCUGGGAACUCAUGCAGACAGGAGGAUGUGAUUGCCACCGCCAACCUGAGCCGGAAAGCCGUGUCAGAUAUGCUGACGGCUUGUAAGCAAGCAUCCUUUCACCCUGAUGUCAGCGAGGAGGUGCGCACGAGAGCCUUGCGGUAUGGGACGGAGUGCACCCUUGGCUACCUGGACCUUCUCGAGCACGUCUUGGUGAUUCUUCAGAAACCCAGCCCGGAACUCAAGCACCAGCUGGCUGCUUUCUCCAAGCGCGUCGCUGGUGCCGUGACUGAGCUCAUCCAGGCAGCAGAAGCCAUGAAAGGAACAGAGUGGGUGGAUCCGGAAGACCCAACUGUCAUCGCGGAAACAGAAUUACUGGGGGCUGCGGCAUCCAUUGAGGCUGCUGCUAAGAAGUUAGAGCAACUGAAGCCAAGAGCCAAACCGAAACAAGCAGAUGAGACCCUGGAUUUUGAAGAACAGAUUUUGGAAGCUGCUAAAUCCAUUGCCGCUGCCACGAGUGCCCUGGUCAAAUCGGCCUCGGCAGCCCAGAGGGAGCUGGUGGCCCAAGGAAAGGUGGGCUCCAUCCCCGCCAAUGCUGCGGAUGACGGACAGUGGUCGCAGGGGCUGAUUUCUGCCGCCCGGAUGGUGGCAGCUGCAACCAGCAGUCUCUGUGAGGCGGCCAAUGCCUCUGUUCAGGGACAUGCCAGUGAAGAGAAGCUCAUCUCAUCCGCCAAGCAGGUCGCUGCUUCCACAGCUCAGCUGCUCGUGGCCUGCAAGGUGAAGGCCGACCAGGAUUCAGAGGCCAUGAGGCGGCUACAGGUAAUGGUCACUGAUGCUGGUGGGAAAAUACUCCUGUUGGAGCGGGCAGCAGGAAAUGCUGUGAAAAGAGCCUCAGAUAAUCUUGUUCGUGCAGCCCAGAAGGCAGCAUUUGGCAAAGCUGACGAUGACGAUGUUGUAGUGAAAACAAAGUUUGUAGGGGGCAUUGCUCAGAUCAUUGCCGCCCAGGAAGAGAUGUUGAAAAAAGAACGAGAACUGGAAGAAGCGAGGAAAAAACUGGCCCAGAUCCGCCAACAGCAGUAUAAAUUCCUACCCACUGAGCUGCGGGAGGAUGAAGGCUAAGGCCAGAGCCAAGAUGGCGUGCCCCAGGGAACGACUUUGCAACAAAUAGUGUUCCUGAGAAGCUGGGACUUACCUGGAAACUGCCUGCCUCCCCUGGGGCCAACGCAGAGCCCUGAGUGCUCAUUCUCACAUCUCUGUCCUGUCGGGCACCGGCUGCAUGAUCGUGAUGUCACACGGUACAGUGUCCCACCCACAGCUCCUUCGCCACCUCCCCUCAUGCCUCACCGUAUCUCAGGAGAGAGGGGCGCACGUUUCGUGAACUGUUACCAAAAAAAAGAGAAGUCAGUAUUAUGUCGUUCUCAGACACUUUUGCUUUUGUUGGUCCUUCUCUAGGCCUGCUCCUGGGCCUUCUGUGAAAUCUUAAGAGGAAACAAAAAUAAUGGCUUGGGGGAAAGCAUUGAUAUCCUAGAGAUUAUUCUCCCUCUCGGGAGAAGAUGGAGGUUGGAGUUGGACAUGGCUACUAAAAGCUAGAAACGUAAACCAGUGUGGACUCCAGGAAGGCCACUGCCAUCCUUCUGUAUCUCAAGCACUGGCUCACCCAGAGGAUGGAGAAUUCCUGCUCCCAUUUGCACGCUUUCUUGCCUCAGUGUGUAAGCUCCUUGUACAAUCUAGACCCGUCUUGUAUUCUGUGGCCCAAAAAAACUGAACGAUUAUUUUUUUCCUCCGUAAUCCAAAGGGCAGAAGUAUGGGGGACUGUCAGGGCUCGGUGAGCAGAGGCUGGAAUAAAAUGUGUGGGCUCCUUACUCUGCAGAGACUUUUUCAGUUCAUACAAGUCCCAUGGCCUCUGAUGACAAACCCAUGUCCUCCGAUGACAGUCCACUCAACACCCCCUCCGAAGCAUCCGAGGUGGGGAUUCAGCUAGAAUAAAGCACUUCCUUGGUGACUGCCAGGUCCUACCCGGGGUCCUCUGCUCUCAAAAUGGUUAGAUUUCAGAACUGCAAGGCAUCUGUUUCAAAAUCUGUCCCCUGCCCUCCAUCCCAAGGUGCAAAUUUGUUCUGUGUCUUAAUAUUCUUACAAUCUAGAUGCAAACUAAAAUCAGUGUGAACCUUUAACAAGUAGACUUGCUCACUCUCGCAUCUUUCAAGGGAAGGUAUAUGGUACAUCCAGAGUCCGUCUUCCUGAUGCUGCACCUCCCAAAUUUCGUAUUAUUUUCCCUCCUCUCUUUUUUUGCUCUCCUUUCAGAUCCCUUUCUUUAAAAGGGCAUUUUAAGGCCUUGAAUUUACCUUUAAUCUGACUCUUUAAUCAGAACAGUACAUGAAGGACGAAUGACUCGUGGAAUAGAUCCGAACGCCAGGUAGCCAGCGUCCGUGAGAGAAUUCAUGAGGGAAAGACGAUGGUAACGGACGUCCGUGGGUUUCAAAGCUGAUAACUGGUGAAGGCGGCCAUCCUCCACUUCUCUAUAGUAAUGUGGCGUCGCGUCUCCUAUUUCAUCCACAGGAUGGCUUCAGUGUCCCACCCGGGGUCAAUAUUGACGCUUGGGUCCUCAAAAGGCAUCACUUUUAGACCUUGCCCCCUGGUCCUGCUUUAAUAGACUCUAGCCUGUGGCAUAAUUUUAAAAUUUAAUUAAACCUCUGACCGUUGCCCGUAUUUAUUAGAGACGUGUAAGCGCUAUACAUCAAAUUUGUUUCCAGACAAGUGGAAAGUUAGAGGAAAUACAGUACAAAUAAAAAGCAGAGAGAGUGUAGGGCACUGGGGGGAUGUGGGUACCAGCUCUGAAGAGGAGGGAGCAACAGAGCCCUGGCCUCUCAGGAAGAAGCUCACACACUCUUGGUUCUCCCUGAGUGUAGCUAGUACAACUCUUCCUCCCUGCCCUGGGCUGUACCCUCUCAGACCUCAGGAUGAAAACUGAGGGCCCCCUGGACUUGGCAGGGGUGAGGGUUCUCCCCGAGAGAUGUUCCCUGGACAGGCACAGGGUGCUUUCUGAGACUCUUAAUCAGACCCAAAGGCUCAGAGUCAAGGUGUGUUAAUGGCCUCAUGUAGCAGGACCCAGGGAGCCCCUCCAUGGCCCACCCUCCCCAUAUUUUCUUCCAGGCUGUUUGGUUCCCUCUCCUCUUCCCACCUGUCCUCUGUCACAUCCUGGCAUCCCAGAAGUGAGGCAAGAGCAGACAGGGAGUUCUCUGUCCCUGCCUCAGUCAUUGAAAACCUCUAUUGCGUUCGAUACAGAAAACCCUUCAGAGAGAGGCAGCGAAGAGGCCUGUCCUUUACAACUUGGGAGAACAGGCAUGAAACCAAGCUUGUUCUUGUAUGACCUAUAGAAAUACACUCUUGUCUCAAGUGUUCUGCUGCUAGGAGCUUUGGGGAAGUUGGUUCCCAGUUAUCAUUAUCACCGGGCGUGGUGCUGGUUUUUCACCUGUCCCUUCCUCGUCCACACUGCAGACGUGUGUGUGUACAUGACCUUGUGGCUGCCUUCAUCUCUUCCCAUUUCAUCAAAUGGUUGAAAGACUGUGCUUCAGGAGUUAUUUAGUAGGCUCUACAGCACAUGACCCCAAAUGGCAUUGAGGGGGCUUCUGGUUCUUCUUCAAAAGGAGCUAAGGCAGAUAUGACUUGUGUUUGGGGUGUGAGCCUUCAUUGAGGAGCCUCUAACAAGAAGAUGGUUUCAGGGUAAAAAUGGUCCCAGGCCUGGAGCAUAGAAAUGCUUCUGUCCCUGUGAAGGGAAAGCAGGUGUCUGCCCCAUGAGGGGAACUGGCACUGGGCUUCGAAGCUUUCAGCUGAUCUUUGCGCCCCAAAAUUUCUAUUUCAGAAGGUCAAGAAAGGAACCUGAACUGGACUUAAGAACUGCUCGUUGAUUUGGGAGUUCGGAUUUUGUUUGGUUCUGCCUUUCAAAAGUCUUGGAGUGUAAGGAUGCUUAAAGCCACAUUCAGUUAAGCAGCCAGCCCUUAUUUAGACUGGCGGUGCCCCAGCAGGUCAGUGUGUGCGGAACCUUGAGUCCUGGGCGGCUGUGCAGUCAGGUGUCAUGGGGACCCCAAGCCACCUACUGAGGAGCCACGUGGUCUUGAAGGAUGAGCCACCUGGACCACUGCAAAUGCUUUAUCACAAAUACCCUUAGGGCUUCUCAGAGGCUUUCCCUGUGUGCUUUCUGGGUGUUUCGUUAGUCCGUGAGUUUCUAGUAACCAAAGCCUAUUCUAAGUUUAUCAAUGUAUUAGUACCAAAUUUCACCAUCCCCCAAGACAAUGAACCCCACCACCAAAGUAAUCCCAAGGCCGAAACCUCAUGCAGGAACCAGGCUGCAGGACAAUGGUGGUAAGCAAGCUGUGGUCUCCACUCCCCGGGGACUUGAGGACCUCCCACUGAUAGGCCACUUGCUCCUCCUCCUCAGCAGUGAACCCUCACAUCUCCCCAAGCUCUGAGGUUCUGGGUCAUGGCAGAGCCUCAGGGGAUUCUGGCUUUGAGACCCCAGGACAGACUAUGAGCAUGUUCAGUUCUCAGACUCGUGGAGGAACUGUCCCCGCUGCUGACCAAGGGAGUAGCCACCUCUGAGACCCUUAGGGGAACGCAAGGAGUUGGGGACAAAUGUUCCCUUCAGGCUAAGAGGCAAAUAGCAUUCAGAAACCCAAAGAUCUUAACAGCUGUGCUAGGGGCUCGGGUUCCAACUCCCCAAGGUCUCUUCCAGGUGCUGGCCUCCCCAGUAGGGGGCCUCAGGGGAAAGGUGUCUUCGUCCACAAGCAAGGUUCUACCACCUUUAAAAGUCCCUGAGAUGACAACUCUGUCUUUCUGAGCGUCUGCUUGGUAUGUUUAUGGUCAUUAGGAACAGGCAUGUGAUAGAGCUUCUGGUGACUCUAAAAAAACACAAUGAAGGGACAUUUCUGUACAAGAGGUUGGGAUUUGGCUUUCCUCUGGGCCCUGCUCGGCCUUCCCGUAAGCGUCGGCCUCUCCUUGUUCCACAGUGCAUGAGUGUGGGUCUCCCUCCACCACCUUCCCACCUGGCUGCAAAAUCUAGGAGCAAACAGGAAAGUUAAGCUCUGCCCUAUGUCAUAAUGUCUUUAUUGAUCUGGUCGCAUAAAUUAUUUUUUUUUAAUUCACCAGAAAUAAACUUUUAAAGGAA